GUCAGCUAUGUGGUUACAAUCCAGGACACUGUUCCAACAAUCAAGGAGGCAGCUUAAACUAGCCAAGUUUUCGAUUCCCGACAAGCCGUGUCUACACAGUUGAUGGAGUGAACAGGUUUUUGGACAUUGUAUCUGACAAGCCGUUCCCGCGUAUCCAGCUCACAACGCAGCAGGAGGCAGCCAACACACCAGCAUUUAUUGUGUUCAGCUCAGGCACCACUGGCCUGCCCAAAGGAGUCAUGCUCAGCCACCGUAACGUGGUGAGUAAUGUGAUGCAGAAUCUGCAGUUUGACAAGGAGGACCCCCAGAUCACGGCUGCUGACGCCAAAAACGACCACCAGGCGUGGAUGGCAGCGCUUCCGUUCUUCCACAUCUACGGGCUGACUGUGAUUAUGAUGUCAAGCCUUGCCAAGGGCGCGUAUCUGGUCAUUCUGCGCAGCUUUGGGCUUGAGAAGUUUGUGUCGCUUGCCGACAAGCACAAGGCUAGUGUGGCGCAUCUUGGCCCACCGAUCAUCCUGCGUCUGGCAAAGGACCCGAUCGUCAGCAAGUACGACCUGUCCAACUUUGUCUAUGCCAACUCAGGGUCCGCUCCGCUGUCAAAGGAGCUGCAGCUCGAGUGCGAGGCGCGUAUCCGGGCGCCAAUCACCCAGGGCUACGGGCUGUCUGAGUCGAGCCCAACCACCCAUCGCACGCUGCUCGCUGACAAAGUAUUUGGUGCCAAUCGGCAGCCUUCUGUCAAAUAUGGAAGCCAAGUUUGUUAGUGAGUCAGGCGAUGAGCUCCAGAUUGGCGAGGUAGGAGAGCUAUGCCUGCGGGGGCCAAAUAUUAUGAUGGGCUAUCUGAAGAAUCCUCAGGCGACUGCUGAGACCAUUGAUAAGGACGGAUUCCUGCACUACUG